AUGGCUCGGCCAACCGAACAUGGUGGAACCGUAAUAACAUACUUCACGCACAGUGCGAAAUCGAAAAAUUUCGCGGUUGUGCUCUUGCAAUUUUUUUUUCUGCUCGACGAUGACACUUGUCAGCAACAGCGCACAAACUUGCCAGAAUGGAUGGCCUACAGUGAUCCAAAUAAAAACGAGGAUGGUACGUAUACAACGGAUGUUUGGCCCAAGUAUAAUGGUGAAUCUAUGGAAUACAUGAACAUGACUGUUGAAUCGGCGUAUCCAACUUCACAAAGAACUGGUCAUGGUCCACGACGGGAACAGUGCGCAUUUUGGAAGUCAUACCUGCCAAAUCUGAUGGCGAAAACCAACGUCAGAGAUUGGAAACAGUAA